AUGGUGCUGCUCAUAGCCAUGGCCUUUGACCGAUAUGUUGCCAUAUGUAAGCCUCUUCACUACCUGACUGUCAUGAGCCCAAGGAUGUGCACCUUCUUUUUAGUGGCUGCCUGGAUGACAGGCCUUAUCCACUCUGUGGUUCAAUUGGCUUUUGUAGUAAACUUACCCUUCUGUGGUCCGAAUGUGUUGGACAGCUUUUACUGUGACCUUCCUCAGUUCAUCAAACUUGCCUGCACAGACACCGACCGACUGGAGUUCAUGGUCACAGCCAACAGUGGAUUCAUCUCUGUGGGCUCCUUCCUCAUACUGAUCAUUUCUUACAUCGUCAUCAUUCUCACUGUUCAGAAACACUCUUCAGCUGGUUCACCCAAAGCUCUGUCCACACUUUCAGCUCACAUCACUGUGGUCGUCUUGUUCUUUAGUCCUCUGAU